GACGGAUCUUUGUAGCAGGGCUAUUUAGGUCUUUGUACUCCAGGGCUGUGUGUUCAGAGCUCCAGUGUUGAUCCAGUCUCUGCUGAAACUAUGGGGUCCGCUGGGUUCCUCUGGACCCUGGCUCUCUUCUCACUUCCAGCAUUGGUCACUUCAGAUGCUCAUUAUAUGGUAGUUUUCCCAGCCAUCAUUCAUCAUCCCAAUACAGAAAAAGUCUGUAUACUUAUAAGUGCUCUCCCAGAGAAUGUCCAUCUAUCAGUAACAUUGGAGUUGGAAGCUCAAAACCACACCUUAGUAGAGAAGGAUGUGGAGCAGCCAGGGACCUUUGAGUGCAUCAACUUCCAGGUCCCAGCCUUUGUUACCAGCAAAAUGACCUUGCCUGGACAGGAAGAAGCAUUGGCCUAUAUCUACGUCCUAAUUCAAAAAGAUGGCAAUGUGAGGUAUGAGGGCCGGAAGAAGGUGUUGGUGCAGAAGAGUUAUCCAAAGGAUGUCAUAGAAACAGACAAGCCAUUUUACAAGCCUGGAGAGACAGUCAGGUUUCGUAUAGUGAGGCUUGAUGCAGAACUGAAGGCAAUUAACAAACCAAUCCCUCUGGUGCAACUGACGAAUCCUAUGGGAGACCGAAUUGGCCAGUGGUUGGAUGUGCAAACUCAUCAUGGCAUUGCAGAUCUAUCUUUCCCUCUGGCCUCUGAACUGGAGUUGGGAGGCUAUAACAUCAUUGUGGGGAACAACCCAGUUGAUAUGAAAACUUUCACAGUGGACGAAUAUGAGCUGAAUAAAUUUGAAGUGUUGUUUGAUGUCCCAUCAGUGAUCACCACUUCAGAUGCAAAAUUUAACAUCACAGUAUGUGGCAAGUACAUCUAUGGGAAACCUGUGCAAGGAAAUGUAAAACUUGCCUUGGAAAGGUCCAUAUCAUAUAUUUUUGAAGAGGCUGUCAAUGAAACAUUGACUGAUAUUGAGAACACCUACACAGGCCAGACAGACAAGACUGGUUGCACCACUUUUACUAUUGAGGGAACUGAUAUUCAUCUGCUUCAGAAAGGCUAUGAGAAAUACAUCCUGCUUAGUGCAGAAAUGGAUGAGCAAGGAACAGGUAUGAAGGAAAUGAAAAGAAAGGAAACAUACCACCCAGAAAAGGGAAAUUUGCUGGCUACAAUUCUUGAAGAACCUGUCCAGAACCAGACUGUCUAUGUCACUGUUGAUGUUAAUGACAUACAGACCCACAUUCCAUUUGUCACAGAUGAAGAUGGUAUAGUUAGCUUCUCUCUAGAUACAACAGACUGGAAGGAUACCUUGGUAUCUCUGUGGGCCAGGUAUUCCAUUGAGAAUGUCACCCAAGUGGAGGCAGCUUGGAGAGCCCGCCAUGAAGAUUUAAUCUGGCUAAAGCCGUUCUUCUCAGAAAGUAACAGUUUCCUUGAGAUCCAACAUGUGGAUGAAGCUCUGCCCUGUGGCAAGGCUCAGGAAAUACUAGUUGAUUACAUCCUUGACCAUAAUGAACUGGACCCAGAGGCUGACCAUCUAGAUUUCUACUUUUUGGUUAUAUCAAAAGGGAGGAUCGUCUCUAGUGGACAGCAGGAAGUGCCAGUUGGCAAAGAUGAGACCCUGAAAGGCACCUUCUCUCUCAUCCUGUCCACAAGUUCUGACAUGGCACCCAAGGCCAUGCUGCUGCUGUAUGCUGUAUUUGCGGAUGGCGAGGUGGCAGCUGAUAUGGAAACAUUCGAUGUAGACAUGUGCUUCAGGCAUCAGGUGAUGCUGGAUUUCUCAGAAGAAGAGGAGCUUCCAGGGUCAAGGGUUAAUCUCAAACUAGAAGCUGCUCCAGGUGCACUGUGUUCUGUCCAUGCUGUGGACAAGAGUGUCCUCCUGAAGAAGGAUGAAACUCUGACACCAGAAAAACUAUUUAGAUCUGGACCUGAUGAGAGUGAACUAAUCACUGGAAGAGGAUUCCCCUAUCGUUUGGAAGACUUUGAACCAUAUCCCUGUAUGGCUCCACGGGGAGCUAGCCAAAAGCAGAAGCGCUCGGUGAGAGUAGCCCCUUGGUAUCAGUCUGAGGCUGAUGUUUAUAGUUUGUUGAAGCUCCUGAGAAUGAAAGUUUUAACCAACACACAAGUUAAAAAGCCUGUUUCCUGUGAUCUACCACACAGAGAGGUAACACCUUUCAGAGGUACUGGGCAAAAAGGUGCCUCACAUCACGAAUCUAAUGUUGUAGAAAAAGAUUCCCAGGCUCUUGAUUCUACAGAAAAGAAGAAAGACAAGAAAGACAAACCUCGGACACGCUUUCCAGAAACCUGGAUCUGGGAUUUAGUACCUGUCAGUGAAGAAGGGAAAGCAAACCACCCCAUCACUGUUCCAGACACCAUCACAGAGUGGAACGCUCAUGCUUUCUGUGUGGCAGACAUUGGCUUUGGACUCUCCCAACAAGCUACACUCAGAGUCUUCCAGCCCUUCUUUGUUGAUCCCAUAUUACCAUAUUCUGUGGUCCGUGGAGAGACUUUUGAACUAAAGGCCAUUGUUUUCAAUUACCUCAAGGACUGCAUCCAGUUGACAGUAAACCUGCUAGAGACGCAAGAAGCGGAGGUGAAGCCAUGCCCAGCCUGCCAGUUUACCACCUGCCUCUGCGCUGAUGAGGCCAAAACCUUCUCCUGGAACGUGACAGCUACCCAGCUGGGACGUGUCAACUUCUCCAUUACUGCUGAGGCUGAGGAGACCCAAGAACUGUGUGGCAACCGGAUCUCUGUGACACCUACGCAAGGACGGUCAGACACAGUGAUAAAAUCCGUGCUUGUCAAGGCAGAAGGUGUCCCUGAAGAAAAGACCUACAAUGCAUUCCUGUGUAGUUCAGGAGAUCCAGUUGUGCAAGAAGUAUCCCUGCAGCUGCCUGAAGAUGUCGUGAAGGAUUCUGGCCGAGCCACUGUCUCUGUCAUUGGGGAUAUUUUGGGCCUGACAACACAAAAUAUAGGCCAUCUCAUUAAGCUGCCCAUUGGCUGUGGUGAACAAAACAUGGUCAAGUUUGCUCCCAACAUUUUUAUACUUCAGUAUUUGGAGAAGACCAAACGUGCAACCCCUGAGUUCAAAAAGAAAGCAACAGAAUUCAUGAAGAGUGGGUACCAGCGUGAGCUGCUCUACAAACAUGAUGAUGGUUCCUACAGUGCUUUUGGGAAACGGGAUACUGAGGGAAAUACCUGGCUGACAGCUUUUGUGGCUAAGACUUUUCACCAGGCAAAACCCUAUAUUUAUGUGGAUGAAAAGCACAUUCAUGAUGCUGUUCACUGGCUGGGGCAGCACCAGCUUCCCAGUGGCUGCUUUCAAAGUGUGGGAAGAAUCUUCAACAAUGCCCUGAAGGGUGGUGUGGAUGAUGGUCUCUCACUGACUGCUUAUGUUACUGCCUCACUGUUGGAACUCCACCUGGAGAAGAAUGGUACCGUUGUAGAUGAUGCCUUGCUCUGCCUAAAGGGAAACUUGAGUUCUAUGAAUAUCUUCACCAAGGCCUUGUCAGCUUAUGUGUUCACAUUGGCUGGUGACUUAGAAACACGGGAACAGCUCCUUAGAGAAUUAGAUGAAAAGACUGAAAAAAGAGGAUCAGUUUUCUUAAUGUCAACGAUUGAAUCUACAGCCUUUUUAAUCUUGGCCUAUCUCUCUGGGCCAUCAGUAUCUCCAGAUGACAUCAGCCAUGUCUCUAAACUGACAAAAGCCCUUGCCAUGCGGGAGAGUGAAUUAGGGUUAUUUGGUUCCACACAGCGCACUGUGCUUAGCACACAGGCUUUGGCCAAGUAUGCAGCCCUUGCUUACCAGGAGAUAGAAGACCUCAAGGUGGUGGUGAAAUCUGGUGAGGGUUUCCAGCAUGAAUUCCAUGUGAACAAGAUGAACCAGCUAGUGCUGCAGCAUACCUCUCUCCCAGAAGUCCCAGCUCAAUACAAGGUUGAGGUAUCAGGGAAUGGCUGUGCAUAUGUGCAGACUGCUCUCCAAUAUAACAGCCAACCUCCAAAGCCUGAAGCUUUUGCUUUGAGUGUGAGAACAUCACCAGAGGAAUGCAACGAGGAUUCCCGAAGACAUUUUGAUCUCAACAUAGAAGUGAGCUACACAGGGCAACGAGAGGCAAGUAACAUGGCCCUUAUAGAGGUGAAUAUGUUGUCUGGCUGUGUCCCUGGAAAGAAAACUUUGAAAAAGUUGCUAAUAGAGCCCCUUGUUAAAAAAGUGGAAUUUGAGAACGACAAGAUCGUCAUCUACCUUGAUCAGCUGGAUAAUGAAGUCCAAAACUACACCUUCUCCCUGAAGCAGGAAAUUGAAGUGUUGGACCUGAAGGCAGCAACAGUGAAAGUCUAUGAUUAUUAUCAACCAGAGGACUAUGCAAUUGUAGAAUAUAAUGCUCCCUGCAGCACAGAGAGCGGAAAGAAAGACCACCAGUAGUUCCAUACCCAAAACAUGCAGCGAUGGUUGAAGUUGCUGGAGAAGAUUGCCAUCUUAUGCCUGUUGUUUGGAAGUGAUGUUUUGGCCUGUGUAUGGAGUAUGCCUUGUUUCCAAUGUUUCCCAUACACAAAUAGAAAGAACAACUCCAUGGGGAUAUGGAGCUCAAUGACUUUCCCCUUCUGACUGCCUUUAUCACCCCACCCCAUAUUGCAUCACAGGUUGCCCCCAUGAUUGCCUUACUCCUCUGAAGUACUUUUCUGGAGGAUGCAAAAGAGGGGUAUGUGCCUACAGAAAUCUUUCCCCCUGGUGUACAAGAAAACCGUGAGAUUGCAUUGCUGUCAUUGACAAGCAUACCUGUGUUAAUUUUUCUGAUCUGAGAUUGGUCUAUGGCCAAACUGGCUUUAUAUAUUGUAGUGUUUGUUGUAUGAAACGCCCUGAAAAGGUAGAACUAGCCCCUUGAAUAGCAACUAGUAUAGCUACAAUUGAAAUGUGUCUAUAGGAUUAAUACUCAGGAUGAGUAGCACAUUACUGCUUCUCACAUACAGACAUACAAAUAGUCACAGUGCUUUUGGAACUUUAACAUUUUUUUUAAAAGUGAAGCAUGAUGGAUGUGGGUUCCUCCCAGAUGGGUUCAGUAGCAUAAAAAAAGUUUAUUUUGUGCACAGUAAACUCUGCUAGAUUGUUUAAGUUUACCAUGGCUGAUCAAGGGUAUAUCAGUAGCAGGGGACAGACCAGGAAAAUCAAUUUGCUUGUUUGGUUCCAGUUUCUGUUAGGCUGGGUUGCACCUGCACAGUUCAUUUUCCUUUCUUUGUUCUAUAUUACACAUGGGGUGGGGGGAGAGAUGCACCCUCAACAUGGGGAUUCUUCAUCCAGCCAAGGAGACAUGAGAAAAGUCCCCUAUUGGCGCCUGGGUUAGUCUGAAUAGAAUUUGUUGUUUAGUGGCCCAGUUCUCUGACUUGCUGCAAGACGAGGCUGGAGCGUAUUAGCUGGAGCGUAUUAGCUGUAGAACACCUGUUGCAUUGAUUUGCCUCUAUUAAAGCUUGUCUUAUGGCA